CCGUGGCCCCGCCUCUAUCCCCGGGGACCAGCUGUCAAUCAAAUCAAUUCCCACUCCAGGAGGGGCGAAACUUGGGAGCGAACAGAAAAAAAAGUUUUGCAAAAGUUUGCAACAAUGAGAAAUCGGAAGGGGAGAAGCGGCCAACGGGGCGAGGACAACUCCCCCCGAGCUGACAGCAAGGAUGUGUCCGAUUCUCCGGCCAGCCCGGCCGGGGGGAUCUUGCUGUGGAUUCUCAUCCUCCUGCUUCUGGCCGGCGGUGGGAUCGGCGGCUGGUUCAUUCAGCAGCAGCUCAGCACCAUCGACAACCUGGAUCACACCAUCCAAAUCCUGCAGAAGAAGCUCUCUCAGCUUGAAAUGAUCCAAGGCCAAGUGGGUGAGCUGAACGAGAAGCUGCUGAUCACAGAAACUCACGAACAAAGGUUGCAGGAUCUCGAGAUUACUUGGACUAAUUCUAAAAGGAAAUUGGAUCAGGCAGCGGAGGCUGUGGCACAGAUUCAGGCAGCUAACCUGAACAGUAAGGUGACUGGGCUCCAGUUGGAGAUGAGCACCAGCCUGAGUGAGCUGAGGAAAGACUUGCUGAAGAAGAACGAUCUGAAGCGCCUGGAGGAUAUGGUUGAAGUUCUUCGGGAAGUUGACCUUGCACAGGCAGAGCAGCAAGUUGCACGUAUGAAAGUUGUAACUACCAAACUUGAGGAGAACACAGACUCGCUGUCUGCUUCUUUGACAAGUUUAACAAGUCGGAUGGCAAGCCUAGAGGCAGCGAGGCAGGACCUACAAAGCGUUGAGGACAUCAACACAAUCAAAGAGCUGAUGAACUAUAAUCUUCAUUCCCUCUCCAACAGUGUGACUGAUUUGACAAAACAAGUUAACCAGACAACCCAGGCAACUGAUGCUAUUCAGACCCAGUUAGCACGGCAGAGCAACGAAUUAUCGGAACUGAAAAACUAUGCUUCAUUCCAGCAAGUUGAGCACCUGGCCAGCAAAGAGCAACUGGAAGAUGUCAGGAAAAUGGGCGAGCGGUUGCAGAAGGAGAAGAUUUCCAUGGAAGAGCUGGAGAGCGCGGUUCGAAGCACGGUCGUUGAUGAUCUCAGUGAGCUGCAAAAGAGAACUAGUAAAAUGGAUGAAAUACUAGCCAACCUGCAGAUCCACGUCGCAAAGGUUGAAAGUAAUGGGGCUGAUCAAAAUAAACAACUCGCAGAUGCCUUGAAUCAAACAUCUCAUACUCUGCAGAAAAGUUUGGUGAAAAUUGAAACAAAUCUCAAGAGUUCUGUCGAGCAGUGUCUGUCAGGAGAAGUGAGAACUUUCUGUGAAACUUUGGAAAAUUGUGCUUGGCCGCACAUUCGGGAAGUAAAUUUUCCUCAUCGCAUACUGAAGGAUCCAGUGAUCAUACUGAGCUUGGCUGAAAUCAGUUCCGUUGAUUCAGUUGGAGUCACAGUGAAAACCGUGGACGUUACAGAUUCUGGCUUCAAGAUCCAAAUUAAUAGCAUUGGCAAUUAUAAUUUGUCGACCGUGAGAGUCAACUGGAUGUUAUGUGCAUAGUUUAAAUGUCUUGCACAAUCCAUUACAAAGUGGCAAGAAUAUAGGUAAAAACUAAGAGAAACAACUAUUGUUUUCACUGUAUGAAAGACUUGUCUCGUUAAAGCUCAUGGAGCUAAUUCAGUUCAUUUGUUUAGAAUGAAUUAUUCCAUUUAUGUGCCAUCACCUCUGUAAAUAGAACUAGUCUUUUUAUAUCACAGUGGUAAAUAUGUCACAUUUGAGUGAAAAUGGCAGUUUGAAGACAAGUACAUACAACUGUGUAGGUUAGAUAUAAAAAUCAUAACUAUCCCACUCAUAGUUCAAGGAUUCGUUUUGAGUUUACAGGCCAAUGAAAUAGUCAGUGGCAAAACAUAUGCCACAAAAUGAGGAUAAAACUACACUUGAAAGGAAAUCCGAAUGCUGAGUGACCUUAAGUGCUUAUUGAUUGUCAAUCUUAUUUUGUUUCGGACCCAGAGUUAUUUGAAUUUACAAUGAAGAGUGCCUGCAUGACCCACAAGUUGCUGCUUGUGAUGUUGGUUUUGGAAUAUCAAACAUAGAACAGUGCUGGACAGAAACAGGCCCCAUUCCCCACAACGUCUGUGCUGAAUAUGAUACCAGGUUAAGGUAAUCUCCGCUGCCUGCACACGAUCCAUAUCCCUCCAUUCUUUGCAUAUCCAUGCAUCUCAUUAAAAGCCCCUUACAUAUCACUGUCGUAUGUGCAUCCACCACCACCCCUGGCAACGCGUUCCAGGCACUCGCCACUCUCUAAAACAAAAAUACUUGUUCCGCAAACACUUACUCAACAAAAAUCCAUCUCUGUUUUAAACCCUUUAGUCGGCCCUGUGUCCACAUCUGUUUAGGAAAUCAACUUAGACAUUUAGUGUGUAAGAAGGAACUGCAGAUGCUGGUUUAACUGAAGAUAGAUAUAAAAAGCUGGAGUAACUCAGCGGGACAGGUAGCCUCUGGAGAGAAGGAAUGGGUGACGUUUCGGGUCGAGUUCCUUCUUGAGACUGGUUAGAGAUAAGGGAAACAAGUCCACCCUACUCGCACUAGCUUCUCGUUUUCAUCCUACAAACGGCUAACAAUGGCCUGUUUCCUUUAUCAUCGUUACUUUUUUGCAUAUCUUUCAUUCAUUGUUCUUCAUCUCUCAACUUAGACAUUUAUACUGCUUUUGAUUUCAAUUUUCUUUUACUCCUUAAUAUUCACUGUAAUUUUAUGUUCGACCAACUCCUCAAUCCUCCAGCUAACCUUCAGAUAGGAAUUUAUGCAACAGCCCAAAAUAAUUGAAUCCUCUUUACCAUGAUGAAAUUGCGCGCACACUUCAUCUAAUGCCACUACAUUGUUCUUUGAGUGCAGUGUACUCCAGGUGGGGUUUGUGCAAGAUCUCUCCGUUGCAUUCCAUCCACCAAAAGCUGACAUUCCAUUAUUUUUUUUUUAUUGUUUCCGUCACUUUAUUUGCUUUGUGUAAAGUGACAGCCAAAGUUCCUCUUCAACUUAAAAAUGCACUGUAUUAGCUUUCUUGCUGGACUUCAUUUCAACUUAUUUUGACCACUGUUCAAUAUUUUUUUACCCUUUGUAACUUCCAGUUCCCAUCUGCUCUCCUGACCUGACACCAUCUUUAGACUUUGACUAAUAUAUCAAGCCCUCAGAAUAUACAUCCUCCAGCUCCUGCCUCACCCUCUCCCCAACACCAAUGCAUUAGCAACCCUCGUUAAAAGGUUGCAACAAUUUCUGCUCUGAGCAAAAUCAGCUCUACCCUAUUUAAGAGUUUUUUAAAUUGUGAGCAGAAGUUAAGGAAACUUUGUGUUUUGAUCUGUAUAGAGGCCAUCGCUGGGUGACAAAUGGUUUAGAUUUUUAUAGCUGAUAGUAACAGGGUGGCACAGCGGUAGAGUUGCUGCCUCACAGCGCCAGAGACCGGGGUUCGAUCCUGACUAUGGGUGCUGUCUGCACAGAGUUUGUACAUUCUUCCUGUGACCAUGUGGGCUUUCUCCAGGUACUCCGGCUUCUUCCCACAUUCCAAGGAUGUGCAGGUUUGUAGGUUAAUUGGCUUCUGUAAAAUUGUCCCUAGUGUGUUGGAUAAAACUAGUGCAGGGAUGAUCGUUGGUCUACUUGUCUCAGUGGGCCGAAGGGCUUGUUUCCAUGCUGUAUUGAUAAGCCAAACUGAAACAAUGCUGGAAAAUAAACAAAAAAAUAUCUUAUGGUAA